AUGACAGACGACAGACGUCUGGAAUGGCUGGCAAAAGGCGACAAUGCGGUCACCUCUGAGCCCUGCUGGUUCGACCUUAAUGCCGGCGUUCAAAAGACUAUCGACUUCAUCAACGAAGCCGGUGCCGCUGGCUGCAAGCUCGUCGCCUUUCCCGAAGUCUGGAUCCCAGGCUACCCCUACUGGAUGUGGAAGAUCAACUACCAGCAAUCUCUGCCUUUGCUGAAGAAGUACCGCGAGAACUCUCUUCCUAUUGAUUCGGAAGAGUUUCGGAAAAUUCGCAGGGCUGCGAGGGAUAAUCAAAUUUAUGUCUCUCUGGGCUUCUCGGAGAUCGAUCAUGCGACGUGCUAUCUGACACAGACGCUGAUCGAUCCCACGGGCGAAGUCAUCAACCACCGACGCAAAAUCAAGCCUACACACGUUGAAAAGCUGGUCUAUGGUGACGGUGCUGGCGACACAUUCAAGUCCGUUACACAGACCGAGCUUGGGCGUCUGGGUCAACUCAACUGCUGGGAGAACAUGAACCCAUUCCUCAAGGCGCUCAACGUCUCCGAAGGCGAGCAGAUCCACAUCGCCGCGUGGCCUGUGUAUCCCGGCAAGGAGACACUCAACUACCCUGAUCCAGCUACUAACGUUGCGGACCCAGCGUCUGACCUAGUAACGCCAGCAUAUGCUAUCGAGACGGGGACUUGGACGCUGGCGCCGUUCCAGAGGCUGAGUAAGGAGGGUUUGAAGAUCAAUACGCCUGAAGGGGUAGAACCCGAGACUGACCCCUCAACGUACAAUGGACAUGCGCGUAUCUACAGGCCAGACGGGUCGCUGUAUGCAAAGCCUGAUAAGGACUUUGAUGGUCUCAUGUUUGUCGAUAUUGACCUCAACGAAUGCCAGUUGACCAAGGCUCUGGCAGACUUCUCAGGUCAUUACAUGCGCCCUGACCUCAUCCGCCUGCUCGUGGAUACCCGUCGCAAGGAACUUGUUACUGAAGCUGAUCCUCAUGGUGGCAUUACCUCGUACUCUACUCGCCAGCGUCUUGGUCUUGACGUGCUGCUCGAUUCGGAUGCGCACAAGCAUCAGAAGAGCGGUGCUUCUGAUUUGGGAGCUACGAACGGUUUGGCAAACUAG